AUGGUCCACCACAGAGAAGAAGAUCGCAUUGGUAUCCCUUUCCCCAAUCACAGCAGCGAUGUCCUGUGCAGCCUCAACGAGCAGCGUCGCGACGGUCUCCUCUGCGACGUGGUCCUCAUCGCGCGUGACCAGGAAUACCGCAGUCACCGCUCGGUGCUGGCGGCUUGCAGUCACUACUUCAAAAAACUUUUCACCGUGGCCAACGGCGAGGACGGGCGCCACCACCAUGCCGCUGCCCCGACACCCUCCGCGGCCAUCUACGAAAUUGACUUCGUGGCCCCGGAGUCGCUCACCGCCAUACUGGAGUUUGCCUACACAUCCACACUGACGGUAACGACGGCAAACGUCAGCGAGAUCCUUAACGCGGCGCAGAUGCUCGAAAUUCCCUGCAUCAUCAAUGUGUGUCUGGAGAUCAUGGACAGCGGCGGGGAAGGGGGUGGGGGAUCUGAAGGAAGGGGGGAAGAGGAAGUAGAGGAAGAUGAAGAAGACGAAGACGGGUCGAGGAAUGACGAUCAGGAGUUUGAUGACGACAGGUCGUCUGAGAGCAGGGGCGAGCCUCUGGGGAUGGACGAUUCGCCGCCACCCAGUACCUCCGCUCACCAGGAGGGGUCGCCUCACAGCAUGCAUGGAAAGCAGGAGAGCCCUGAGAACCGCUCCCUGAAGGACUUCUCCAUCGAGUCGCUCCUCCAGGACGGCCUGUACCCCCGCAUUUCCGCCCUAGACAGAAGGGCCAGCUUCUCCCCCCUACUUCCUGGCUUCUACCCCUCCAUGUGGGCUGCUGACUUUCCCGCCUUUCCCCAGCAUUUGCUGGAUCCCGGGCUUCAUCAGCACUCUCACAUGGGCAGCGGCUCCUCACGGGUACCUGCAGCUUAUCCUGCAUCUGACGCCCCCCUGUCUGGGCCCCUUGAUCUGGCCGUGAAACGAGAAGUUAUCAAAGAGGAGAUGAAAGAGGAAGUAAUUCCUGGUUUGCUCCACGGCAAUUUACUGAAGGACUUUGUCAGUUCGGGGCUGUGCGGCGCCACCAGGUCCGUGCCUUCCUCGGGCCACACCUUGGACGUGGUCAAGGAUGAGGCCGACUUCCGCUCGUACCUGAGCUUCCUGAACUCGGCGUCUCACCUAGGGGCGCUCUUCCCUCCGUGGCAGCUGGAGGAGGAGAGGAAGAUGAAGCCCAAAUCUUCACAGCAGUGUCCCAUCUGUAACAAGAUCAUCCAAGGGGCCGGGAAGCUACCGCGACACAUGAGGACUCACACGGGGGAGAAACCCUACAUGUGCACCAUCUGCGAGGUGCGCUUUACCAGACAGGACAAGCUGAAAAUCCACAUGAGGAAGCACACGGGCGAGCGGCCGUACAUCUGUCUUCACUGCAACUCCAAGUUCGUGCACAACUACGACCUGAAGAACCACUUGCGCAUCCACACUGGCGUGCGGCCGUACCAGUGCGAGCACUGCUACAAGAGUUUCACGCGCUCCGACCACCUGCACCGUCACCUCAAGAGGCAGAGCUGCCGGGUGUCCCGCCCGCGUCGUGGUCGCAAGCCGACCACGUGGCGGUCCGCGCCGGGCACCGGCUACCUGUGCCCGCCCAACACUGCUGCCACCGCGGGAGUUUUGGAGGAAAACGGGUUCAAGUCAUACCAGGACGGUGAGGAGAAGGACAGGGCAGAACGGCAGAGGGGAGUGUUCGCCUUUGCCUUGGCGGGAGACGACGUGUUGGCGCGCUCGCCGUUUUACGCACCCGCCUCAGAUCCCUGGACUGUCAGACUGGAGUGUGCCCCGCCCGUCCCCGAGACAGCUACAUGA